AUGGCUGAUGUUCCUCCCCCUACCCCAUCCGAACUUCUGAGGAUGGUGACUGAGCUUCAACAAGCAAAUCAGCGAAUGGCAGAGGAAAACCAGCGUAUGCAGAAUCAAAUCGCACAAUUGGAACAAGCUCGCUUGGAGCAUAAUAAUGAUAACCGCGAACACGGGAAUGACGAACGACGAUCAUUGCCCACCCACGUCUCUGACACGCCACAGCAUGGAGAUGACGAAGAGCCACAGAAUGAAGACCCCGAGGAUGAGGGGGAAAAGCCCGACAACUCUGUAGGACCAUUCACGGCCGAGAUAAUGAAUUUCCAGCUUCCAAGACAGUUCACCCUGCCGACCACACUAACCCCAUACGACGGGAUGGGAGACCCUAAACAGCAUGUCAAAAAAUUCCGAUCAAUCAUGAUCGUUAACGGUGCCUCUGAUCCUAUUUUAUGCCGAUGUUUUCCUUCUUUUUUAGAUGGUCCUGCACUUGACUGGUUUUGUUCUUUGCCUGCAGAUUCCAUCUCACGAUUUCAGGAGCUGGCCAAACAAUUUGAGGACCAUUUUGCAGCCUCGGCCAUAUACCUCCACGAUUCAGAUUAUUUGACAACCAUCAAGCAAGGCCCGCAGGAGAGCCUGAAAGAUUACAUAACUCGGUUCACCAAGGUUGCCAUGGGUAUCCCAGAUCUCCAUCCCGAAGUGCACCUUCACGCCAUUAAAAGCGGCCUCCGACCAGGAAAAUUCCAAGAAACUAUUGCGGUGACUAAACCCAAAACCUUAGCUGAGUUCCGCGAAAAGGCCAAGGGGCAGAUAGAUAUCGAAGAACUUCGCCAGGCACGCAAGUCAGAGAAGCCUACCUUUAAAGACGACGAAAAAGCUCGGGAUACCAAGAAGGGUUUCAAACCGGUUCCCCGUUACGAAUCAUACACUCAGUUUAACACCAAGAGGGACGACAUCAUUAAAGAAAUUCUGAACUCUAAACUGAUUAAACCGCCCCGCAAGGCAGGACAUUACCCCGAGCCCAAGAACAUUGACAAGUCUAAGUACUGCACCUUUCACCAGAAGCAUGGGCACACAACCGAUGAGUGUGUCAUUGCCAAAGAUCUCCUUGAGAGAUUAGCUCGCCAAGGCCAUCUCGAUAAGUUUAUCACAGGUCAUAUGGAAAAAAGAGCAGCGUCCCGUUCCGAACAACCCUUGGCAGGCCAGUCAUCAAAAGAAAAAGAUAAGGCCCCAGCUCAACCACGAGGGGUCAUAAACUCUAUUUCCGGAGGUUAUGCCAGUGGUGGAAGUUCAAAUUCGGCCAGAAAGCGAACAUACCGAGCUAUGUUAAUGGUAGAAGGCGCCGAUCAAAGCUCGGAACUAGUUCCGGACGUUCCAGAGCUGACAUUUCGCCCUACAGACUUCAACUCCAGACACAUCAACUACGACGACCCUGUAGUCGUCUCUGUCCAACUAGGCAACCUCAUUGUUCGGAAAACAUUGCUCGAUCCAGGGAGUAGUGCCGAUGUACUUUUUUUUGCAACAUUUCAAAAAAUGAAACUGAGCACUAACAUUUUGCAGCCAUAUUCAGGAGAUCUCGUCGGAUUCUCAGGAGAGCGAGUCCCUGUCCUGGGCUCAGUAUGGUUACAAACCACACUGGGUGAACAACCAUUAUCCAAAACACAGGAUAUCCAGUACCUAGUCGUAGACUGUUUCAGCCCUUAUAACGUUAUUUUAGGGAGACCAUUUUUAAAUAAAUUUGCUGCUAUUGUUUCAACAUAUCACCUCUGUGUUAAAUUUCCUGUGCAGGAUAAUAGAAUUGCAACCAUACAUGGUGACCUUCAGGAAGCUCGGCAAUGCUAUAACAUGAGCCUAAAGCCUAUCAAAAGAAACAUUGAAGCUCGGAUCAACUCAAUUCAGUCUGAGCAACCAAUCCUGACAGAAUUAGACCCAAGGGCCGAUUUUCUUGAACUUCCUACGCCAAAUGAAGAGCUUCAAAAGAUCACUUUAACCGAUGAUCCAUCAAAAUUCACGUUCAUCGGAACAUCAAUGAAGGAGGAAGCUAAAAUGCAAAUAACGAAUUUUCUACGUGCAAACGCCGACCUUUUCGCAUGGACUUCAGGGGACAUGCCGGGGAUCAGUCCAUCAGUGAUAACACAUAAAUUGGCUGUUAGUCCAGCCGCCAGACCAAUCUCCCAAAAGAAGAGAAACCUCGGCGCCGAGAAACAAGCAGCUUCCAUGGCUGAGGUCAAUAAGCUCCUCGAGGCAAGAUUCAUUCGCGAAAUCAGAUUCACCACCUGGCUUGCCAACGUCGUUAUGGUAAAAAAGAAUAACGGUAAAUGGCGCAUGUGCGUCGAUUUUACUGACUUAAAUAAAGCAUGCCCAAAAGAUGCUUACCCUUUACCUUGCAUAGACACACUAGUAGAUAAUUCCUGUGGAUAUGACACCUUAAGUUUUAUGGAUGCAUAUUCGGGUUAUAAUCAAAUCCUUAUGCAUCCAUCUGACCAGGAAAAAACAGCUUUCAUAACUGAAUACGGAAAUUAUUGCUAUAAUGUUAUGCCUUUUGGUUUAAAGAAUGCAGGUGCAACAUACCAACGAUUGAUGAACAUGAUUUUCAACAAACAGAUAGGCAGAAACAUCGAGGUGUACGUCGACGAUAUGGUCGCAAAGACCAAGGUCGGCCAGUCACACAUUCAAGACCUCGAGGAAAUAUUUGCUCAAAUCAGGCAGUAUAACAUGCGGCUAAACCCGGAAAAGUGUGCCUUCGGAGUAAAAGGGGGAAAAUUCCUCGGUUUCAUUCUAACAAGUCGGGGAAUCGAAGCAAACCCAGAAAAAUGUCAGGCAAUACUUGACAUGUGCAGUCCAAAGACGGCGAAAGAUGUCCAAAGGUUGACAGGAAGAUUAGCAGCAUUGUCGAGAUUCCUACCAUGCUUGGCUCUCAAAUCCUUCAACUUCUUCCAAUGUCUAAAGAAAAACACAAAGAGCUUUUCCUGGGACGAAAAAUGCGAAGAAGCAUUCCUGGACCUGAAAAACUUCCUAUCCAAGCCACCAAUCUUGCAGAAACCAAAGCUCGGCGAACCCUUAUACCUCUACUUAUCUGUCACCGAGUUGACCAUGAGUUCAGCCCUUAUUAAAGAAGACGGAAAAGACCAGCAACCAAUAUAUUUUGUAAGCAAGACACUACAGAAUGCAGAGCUUAGAUAUCCAAAGCUUGAAAAGCUCGUUCUAGCGCUUGUAUUCUCGGCAAGACGCCUCCGACCAUAUUUUCAAAGUCAUACAGUCAUCGUCCGAACCGAGUAUCCGCUUAGGCAAAUCCUCUCUAAGCCCGAGCUGGCGGGCCGACUAACUAAAUGGUCAAUCGAACUCUCUGAGUUCGACAUACAAUUCCAACCAAGGGGAUCUAUCAAGUCACAGUCCCUAGCCGAUUUUGUGGCAGAGUUUACAAAUACUCCACCAGAAGAAACAGGUCAAUUAUGGACAUUAUACGUCGAUGGAGCCUCAAAUCCUAAAGGGGCAGGAGCGGGAAUACUACUAGAAAGCUCGGAUGGUAUAAUCCUCGAACACUCUCUCAGGUUCACAUUUAAAGCCAGCAAUAAUCAAGCUGAAUACGAAGCCUUCAUAGCCGGGCUCAGGUUAGCCGCUGAUUUAAAUAUUUGUGAUCUAAAGGUUUACUGUGAUUCUUUAUUAGUUGUGCAGCAGACAAAUCAAACUUUUCAAACAAAAGAUCCAGUUCUCUCACAGUAUUUAAAAAUCGUUCACAAUUUAUUAAGCAAAUUCUCUCAUAUAGAAAUAGCUCACAUACCCAGAGAACAGAACCAUAGGGCAGACGUUCUAUCUAAACUAGCAACAACACAAGCACACACGGCCACACUUUUACAAUCAACCUUAGAUAAGCCGAGCAUUGAGUCAGAACAGAUUCUUAACACCCUGACUAAAGACGGUUGGCAACAACCUUAUAUUCAAUACCUCCUUAACGGAACUAUUCCAGAGGGCAUUGAAAAUAAGGCUAAAUUCAGAAGACAAGCUUCUUUUUUCACAUUGAUUAAUAACACUCUGUAUAGGCGAGGAUAUUCUCGACCAUUGUUGAAAUGUUUAGACAGAGCAGAAGCCGAUCUUCUCUUAGCAGAAGCCCAUGAAGGAAUCUGCGGCAUACAUUCAGGAGCUCGAAGCCUGGCACAGAAGGCUCUACGAGCGGGAUUCUAUUGGCCAACAAUGUGGGAAGACAGUAAACAUAAGGUCAGAACCUGCGACAACUGUCAGAAAAACGCACCGAUCAUUAACAUGCCUGCCGAACAUCUCCACCACUCAGAGGUAAGUUGGCCGUUCAACAGAUGGGGAAUAGAUAUACUCGGCCCCUUCCCCACCGCUCCAAGACAGGUAAAAUUUUUGGUAGUUGCAAUAGAUUACUUCUCUAAAUGGAUUGAGGCUCAGCCACUUGCAAAAAUCACCUCAUCACAAAUGAUAAGUUUCGUAUGGAAACACAUAAUUUGUAGGUUUGGUAUACCGGGCCAUAUCAUCACAGAUAAUGGUCGGCAAUUUACUGACAGUACUUUCAAAGAAUUUUUACAGAACUUAAAAAUAAAGCACCACUUCUCCUCUGUGGAGCACCCGCAAACCAACGGUCUAGCAGAAGCAGCAAACAAGAUCAUUCUGCAAGCACUAAAGAAAAAACUCGACAACGCAAAAGGCUUAUGGGCCGAGCUUAUCCCUGAAGUUUUAUGGGCAUACAACACAACAAUCCACUCAACGACCAAGGAAACUCCGUUCAGAUUGGUCUAUGGAUCAGAAGCAAUGAUUCCGAUCGAAAUAUCCCAAGGCUCUAUACGGACAUUAGCCGAAGACCAUGACAAGUCAAGACAAACAGAGCUAGACCUAAUUGAAGAAAUUAGAGAAACAGCAGCAGUUCGGCACAGAGCCCUGCAACAACGGGUAGGCCGACGAUAUGAUCGGCGUGUGGUUCCAAGAACAUUCAACAACGGAGACUUAGUACUUCGGAAAACCGAACAAGCUCGGCGACCCCCUUCUCACGGAAAGCUCGCCGCCACUUGGGAUGGCCCAUACCGAAUUUCCGAAGUACUAGGCCGAGGAGCAUAUAGGCUAGAGCAAAUGGACGGCAAAGAGAUUCCAAGCACAUGGAACGUCAACUCUUUGAAACAAUAUUUCAGUUAA